AUGGAUUUUGUUGAAAAUAACGAUACUGGGGAUGAUAUUGAUAGAUGGGAAUUUUCCAUUCAGUCAGUCAUCAAUAGGUUCAAUGAAACCAAAAACUCCAUUGCCCUCGACCUAGCGAGUCAUCCAUCGAGACCUACCAACGUGAACGGACAGGGAUGGAGAAGACCUCAGGCAGGGUUUAUCAAAAUCAACACUGAUGCAGCGUUGAGCAAAAGAGGAAGCUGUCUGGCCAUGGUUGUGAGAAAUGACGUAGGAAACAUCCUUCUUAUCAGAACUUUCAAAUCCGAGAUUGAAAUCCUAGAAGUGGCGGAAAUGGAAGCUAUUCUGAAGGCUGUUCAGGUGGCUACCAGUCAAAGUUGGAACAAUAUCUGCAUCGAAUCUGAUGCCUCCGCUGUCAUUGAUACCUUAUCAUCCAAGAAUAGGAAGUCUCUUCACUGGAAAGCUGAGCACCUAGCUAAUCAUAUUUUUCAGUUGAUCCCCAUGUUUGAUAAUUUGUCUUUUGUUUGGACUGCGAGAGAAUACAACAAUCUUGCCCAUUUAGUAGGGCAGUGGGCUAAAAAUUCUAGUUUUUUUGGAGAGGUGUAUCUUUAUUCCUUGCCCUCUUUUUUGUUAAGACGUUUGAUUCAGGAAAGCGUUCGUGGUGUAGCUACCUGA